GCAAAAAAGGAAGUGAGCUGCAGGGUGAAGGAUACAGUGGUGAACAUCGGGUAGCCACUGGUUUUACCAACAUGAAAAGAAUCCAUCAGAAAUCUGGCCCUGAACCUACAUCUGUACCUCACAUAGAAGGUGAAUCCAGCUGUGUGUCCAUGACAAGUGACUGGUCUAUGAAUGACCCCAUUAACUUUAAACGACAAAAGCCCUCUGCUGUUAGAAAAGACGAACAGGACAGCUCAGAUGUUUCCAAUUCUCUGCCUGCCCAGCAACAUCAAACUGAAUUGAAUUCCAUAUUUAAGCUGCUGGAGGACAAAAUAAUAAUUUUUGUGAAAAAUGAGCUAAAGAAAGCACAGAAUGAACUGAAUCCAGAUUACACACAAUCAUCAGAGAGUCAGACAGGGGAUGAGGAGAUGUUGGACAGUGGGGAUAAGGAGCAGAGGAGAAGCAGUAGAGAGGCAUUUCUGAAGAUCACAGUUAACUUCUUGCAGAAAAUGAAACAGGAACAGCUGGCUGCCCGUCUGCUGAGCAAAUACCCUGGUCCAGAUUGUCAAUUAAAAUUUAAAUCGAGCCUGAAAAAGAAGUUCCAGUGUGUGUUUGAGGGGAUUGCUAAACCAGGAAACCCAGCCAUUCUGAAUCAGAUCUACACAGAUCUCUACAUCAUAGAGGGAGGAACUGGAGAGGUCAAUAAUGACCAUGAAGUCAGACAGAUUGAAACUUUUUCCAGAAAACCAGAAACAACAAUCAGAUGUGAAGACAUCUUUAAACCCUCACCUGAGGAAAGAGAUAAACCGAUCAGAAUAGUGCUAACGAAGGGAGUGGCUGGCAUCGGGAAAACAUUCCUAACACAGAAGUACACUCUUGAUUGGGCUGAAGGUAAAAUCAACCAGGGCACCCAGUUCAUGUUUCCAUUCACAUUCAGAGAGCUGAAUCUCCUGAAGGAUAUAAAGUUCAGCUUAGUGGGACUUGUUCAUCACUUCUUUACUGAAACCAAAGAAGCAGGAAUCUGCAGCUUUGAAAAGUUCAAAGUUGUGUUUAUUUUCGAUGGUCUGGAUGAGUGUCGACUUCCUCUGAACUUCCAUGUCACUGACAACUUGACUGAUGUUACAGAGUCCACAUCAGUGGAUGUGCUGUUGACAAACCUUAUCAGGGGGAAUCUCCUUCCUUCUGCUCACAUCUGGAUAACCACACGACCUGCAGCAGCAAAUCAGAUACCUACUGAAUGUGUGGACAUGGUAACAGAGGUCAGAGGGUUCACUAACCCAAAGAAAGAAGAAUACUUCAGGAAGAAGUUCACAGAUGAGAAGCAAGCCAACAGCAUAAUCUCCCACAUCAUCACAUCAAGAAGCCUUCACAUCAUGUGUCACAUCCCAGUCUUCUGUUGGAUCACCGCCACAGUUCUGGAGAGUGUGUUAAAAACCAGAAAACCAGAACUGCCAAAGGCCCUUACUGAAAUGUACAUCCACUUCCUAGUUGUUCAGACCAAAGUGAAGAACAUUAAAUACGAUGGGAGAGUUGAGACAGAUCCUCUCUGGAGCCCAGAGAACAAAAAGAUGAUUGAAGCACUGGGGAAACUGGCUUUUGAGCAGCUGCAGAAGGGCAACCUGAUCUUCUAUGAAUCAGACCUGACAGAGUGUGGCAUUAAUGUCCAAAUGGCUUCAAUGUACUCAGGAGUGUUCACGCAGAUCUUUAAAGAAGAAAAGGGGCUCUAUCAAGAUAAGAUGUUCUGUUUUGUCCAUUUGAGCAUUCAAGAGUUUCUGGCAGCUCUUCAUUUCCAUCUGACAUUCACCAACUCUGGUAUCAACCUGCUGGAAGAAGAAGAAACAGCCUCAGCGCAGACUGACGAGUCUUCAGUAAGACAGUUCUAUCAGAGUGCUGUGGACAAGGCCUUACAAAGUCCAAAUGGACACUUGGACUUGUUUCUUCGCUUCCUCCUUGGUCUUUCACUGCAGACCAAUCAGACGCUCCUACAAGGCCUCCUGACACUGAAAAGAAGCAGCUCACAGACCAAUCAUGAAACAGUUCAGUACAUGAAAAAUAAACUGAAUGAGAAUCUCUCUCCUGAAAAAACCAUCAAUCUGUUCCACUGUCUGAAUGAACUGAAUGAUGACUCUCUAGUGAAGGAGAUCCAACGCCAUCUGAGUUCAGGAAGCCUGUCCAUAGUUCAUCUUUCUCCUGCUCAGUGGUCAGCUCUGGUCUUCGUCCUGCUGUCAUCAGAAGAAGAGUUGGAUGAGUUUGAUCUGAAGGAAUACUCAGCUUCAGAGGAGGCUUUUUUGAGGCUGCUGCCAGUGGUCAAAGCCUCCAAGAAAGUUCUGCUCAGUGGAUGUAACCUCACAAAGAAAAGCUGUGAAGCUCUAUCAUCAGUUCUCAGAUCCCAAUCCUCUAGACUGAGAGAGCUGGACAUGAGUAACAACAACAUUCAGGACUCAGGAGUGGAGUUGUUGUGUGCUGGCCUUGAAAGUCCAAACUGCACACUUCAAAUCCUCAGGCUUUCAGGCUGUCUGAUCACAGAGAAAGGCUGUGCUUUCCUCAAUUCAGCUCUGAGCUCUAACCCCUCCCAUCUGAGACAGCUGGACCUGAGCUACAAUCAUCUAGGAGACUCGGGAAUGAAGCUGCUGUUGACUCGACUGCAGGAUCCGCAGUGGAAACUGGAAACCCUCAGGAUGGAGCCUUGUGGAGUACAAUGGCUGAAACCAGGUUUAAGAAAAUAUUUCUGUGAACUAAACCUGGAUCCAAACACAAUACACAGAAAACUCAAACUGUCUGCCAACAACAGGAAGGUGGUGCAUGUAGAAGAGGACCAGCAGUAUGUUGAUAAUGAUGACAGAUUUGAUCAUUGGCCUCAGCUGCUGUGUACCAACACUCUGACGGGUCGCUGUUACUGGGAGGUUGAGUGGAGUGGAGAGGUUCAUAUUGCAGUGGCUUACAAAGGAAUCAAACGGAAAGGAAACGGUGAUGACAGCAGGGAGAAGAUGAUCUGCAGGACCCUGCUGCUUGUCAUCCUCACCUCAUGUGUCUCUGGAUCAUUUGUAGUCAAUGUGACACAGACCUCCUAUCAGGCAGAGGAGAACCACAACAUCACACUGGAAUGGACGUUCACAACCCAACCUGACAGAUCCCCCAAAACUCUCAACAUCCUCUGUGAAUUGAUAACUGAGCAUACAGAUUCAGUCCUGUAUCGUGUUCGUGAAGGUGUUGAGGUGUCAGAGUCUCAGGAUGAAAAGUUUUCAGGACGUGUUGAGAGUGACAAAGACAGCCUCAGAGAAGGACGAAUCAGACUUCAACUGUUUAGACUCAGGACUGAUGACUCGGGUCUGUACCUGUGUGAACUGAACACAGAUUAUGGCUUUGGCUCUGCCAGAUGUCGACUCAGCAUCACUGGUUCGGAUGACCCCAAACGUCAAAGUCCAACAGUGAACACACAACCAGAGAGUCGAGGAUGGCUCAACCUGUAUCCUUUACUGAUACUGCCAGCAGCAGCUUUACUGAUCAAACUCUGUUAUAAAAUCAUAAAACGAAAACAUAACCUAAAUCUAAACAGUCACCACCUAGGCAGCGACUGCAGUGAAGCAGUGGUCAACUUGAAUAAUUCAGAUGCCACUCAUCUUGCUGCUUCAUUAGAAGCCACAUCCACCAUCUUCAUCUGAGUGUGGACAUGACUUCCCUGAACCCCAAAGAUUGUCAUGUUAACAGCUGGGUCUGCAGUGGAAGCUUUGUGGAAGCAUCAACCUCAGUCUGAACUGAGAAACACUGUCUGCAGUCUGCAGCCAUCAUCGCAAACACUGAUGGAAACAUUUAAAGCUCGUAUCACACAUAUCAUUAAUAACAUUUCUUUCCUCUUUUGGUUCUAUCAUUUGUCUCUGUCAGAUAUUGUCUGAGGAAUCUUUAUUAUUUGGCCAUUAAGUAUGCAGAGCGAUUGAAAUCACUUGUUGUUCUCCCAUCAGCUGUUAUCAACAAUUACUGUUUAAAAUGUGCCUGAACUCAAGAAGUUAAAAGAAUUCAAAGUGUUACAAUGAACUCCUAAUAAUUUGACUAUGGAUCGCCAUAGUUAGAAUGUACUUUUCCUAAAGUUAAUGUGUAUGUGUAUAUAUUGUAAACAAAUCCUUAUUUAUAUGAAAGAAGUUA